AGUUUCAAGGCUCCUCCCUUCUGGCGAACGGCAGACUGCGGGGCGCCUGGAAACCGGUCCGAGGGAGAGAGGCGAGGGGGAGCGCACUUGAGGGAUUGACACAAAUGGUCAGGCGGCGGCGGCGGCGGAGGCUGGAGCUGCCGCGGGGAGCCGCGCGCUGCCUCUCGCCACUCGGCUCUGCGGGGCAGUGAGGAGCGCUGGCGGGGCCGGGAGCGGGGCCGUUUCGGGGUGUCCCCCUCCCGCCGCCCUGCCCCCCUUCAUGAGUCUCAAGUUUGAUGCGGGCGCAGCAGAGGCAGCAGGCGGCGGCGGGAGCCCGGCUGGGGCGGCAGCGGCGCCGAGGCAGGGGCCGGCGAAGUAUGGCUGAGCAGCGGGCACCCCCGGGGGCGGCCGGGCACGGCCGGGAAGUUCGCGGCGGGGGGACGGCGGCGGGCGGCAGGAAGAAGAGCAGCAGCAGCCGCCCCAGCUGGUGUCUCCGGCUCCUGCUGCUGCUGUGGGCGGAGGCUCCGGUGCUGCCUGCCCGGGGCCAGCCCCAGCAGUACAACGGCGAGCGGGGCAUCUCCAUCCCGGACCACGGGUACUGCCAGCCCAUCUCCAUCCCGCUGUGCACGGACAUCGCCUACAACCAGACCAUCAUGCCCAACCUGCUGGGCCACACCAACCAGGAGGACGCGGGGCUGGAGGUGCACCAGUUCUACCCGCUCGUCAAGGUGCAGUGCUCGGCCGAGCUCAAGUUCUUCCUGUGCUCCAUGUACGCGCCCGUGUGCACGGUGCUGGAGCAGGCGCUGCCGCCCUGCCGCUCCCUGUGCGAGCGGGCGCGCCUGGGCUGCGAGGCGCUCAUGAACAAGUUCGGCUUCCAGUGGCCCGACACGCUGCGCUGCGAGAAGUUCCCGGUGCACGGCGCGGGCGAGCUGUGCGUGGGGCAGAACACGUCCGAGCGCGGCACCCCCACGCCCUCGCUGCUGCCCGAGCUCUGGACCAGCAACCCCCAGCAGCGCGGCGCGGGGCCGGCGGGCGGCGAGCGGGGCGGCCGCUUCGCCUGCCCGCGGGCGCUCAAGGUGCCCUCCUACCUGAACUACCGCUUCCUCGGGGAGAAGGACUGCGGCGCCCCCUGCGAGCCCGGCCGCCUCUACGGGCUCAUGUACUUCGGGCCCGAGGAGCUGCGCUUCUCCCGCACCUGGAUCGGCAUCUGGUCGGUGCUGUGCUGCGCCUCCACCCUCUUCACCGUGCUCACCUACCUGGUGGACAUGAAGCGCUUCAGCUACCCCGAGCGGCCCAUCAUCUUCCUGUCGGGCUGCUACACCGCCGUGGCCGUGGCCUACAUCGCCGGCUUCCUGCUGGAGGAGCGGGUGGUCUGCAACGAGCGCUUCGCCGAGGACGGCGCCCGCACGGUGGCGCAGGGCACCAAGCGGGAGGGCUGCACCAUCCUCUUCAUGAUGCUCUACUUCUUCGGCAUGGCCAGCUCCAUUUGGUGGGUCAUCCUCUCCCUCACGUGGUUCCUGGCCGCCGGCAUGAAGUGGGGCCACGAGGCCAUCGAGGCCAACUCCCAGUACUUCCACCUGGCCGCCUGGGCCGUGCCCGCCAUCAAGACCAUCACCAUCCUGGCCCUGGGGCAGGUAGACGGCGACGUGCUCAGUGGCGUCUGCUUCGUGGGCAUCAACAACGUGGACGCCCUGCGGGGCUUCGUGCUGGCCCCGUUAUUCGUGUACCUGUUCAUUGGGACUUCCUUCCUGCUGGCCGGCUUCGUUUCCCUCUUCAGGAUCAGGACCAUCAUGAAGCACGACGGCACCAAGACAGAGAAGCUGGAGAAGCUGAUGGUGAGGAUAGGGGUCUUCAGUGUCCUCUACACGGUGCCUGCCACCAUAGUCAUCGCCUGCUAUUUUUACGAGCAAGCCUUUAGGGAACAGUGGGAAAGGAGCUGGGUCGCCCAGAGCUGUAAGAGCUAUGCCAUCCCCUGCCCCAAUAACCACAGCAGCCACCACCAUCCACCCAUGAGCCCUGACUUCACUGUCUUCAUGAUCAAAUAUCUCAUGACCUUAAUCGUGGGCAUCACCUCAGGCUUCUGGAUCUGGUCGGGGAAAACACUCAAUUCCUGGAGGAAGUUCUAUACCAGGCUUACCAACAGCAAGCAAGGGGAAACCACAGUGUGAAACCCAACCCAGCCAGGCCGAGGGACACCCACCAUCCCAACCAGAGAGGGCGGGUGAGGGACCAAACUCCACUGUGUGCCCACAAUCCCAAUCAGGGAGGGGGGGAGAGGCUGCAGCACAUCCACUCUUGGCAAACUUUCCAGACUGCUAGCCAUUUCUCCAGCCUGCAGGGAAGUGAGAGAAAUGAGGCAGGUGGGGAAACUCCUGAGAUGGGACAGUGUUUGCCUCCUGUGGGGAGUGAACAUUAUGUGUGGCUGGGGGAGAGGGUUGUAAAUAGCCUCUGUAAGAUUUUGUAAGUAUAUUUGUAUUUGUAAAUUACAAAGAUCUCUCACCUUUUUUAUUUUUAGGACAUUUUAACUCAUUUGCAGAUUUUCCCCGCUGUUUUUAACUGGCAUUGGAUUUUAUUUUUCAUUUUAGUACAGGAUGGAAAAAUGAAAGGAACCAAAACAAACCACUCCUUUCAUCCCAGCACAGGUUUUGUAAUGGUUUUGCUUGGAGUUCAGUUGCAUGAACAGCAUGGCCUGGAUUGAGGCUGCUGUAACGCCCUAAGGUUCCUCCUGACACAGGCUGGGUCCUGAUCCCAGCAAGCCUACAAGAUAGGUGGAAAUGGGGAGGGGCACAGACACCUGACUUGAUCCCUGCCCCAUAUACCUGAAGCAUAACAGGGGAGUCUUGCUGUCUGCAUCCUGAGGGGAUGGAGGAGCAGGCAGCGUUACCUCACUUCUGUGAGCUCCGCCAUGGAUGGUGGAGGGGAAGAUGGUCUGACCACUGCUGCUCAAUACCAGACAUGUCUAGUCCGUGCCAUAUAUACCCAGGGAGAUCUUAUCCCUGCUACCAAACCUUUGAGGGAACAAUCUCCUUAGCCCUGCCCAGAGGUGCCUGAUCAGGGCAGAGCAGCAGACUAAACCUUUCUGUCAGCAUUAGGUGGGGGGACUGGCUGCCUUCUGCUUUUUUAACUUAAUUAAAUUGUACCAUGUGUUUGUUUUUUCAGUGGUCAGGAGUGGAGGUCUAAUACCAGCUGCACCUGUAGUAUGUCUGAUGGCUUAAGAGAGAUAAGAGGGUAUAGAUAGCAACCUUUAUUUUUAACCUGUAUAAUAAACUUAAUUCUUUUUUUAAUGCAAACCCAAGAGGUGAUUGAUCUGGCUAAUCUUUCAUCAGAAAUAGGGUUAUUGACUGUUACUGUCCCAAAAGUUUCACAGUGUAUGGAGGGAAGAAAGACUGAGGAUAGUUAUAAAUGGUAAUUGUUGUGUGCUCAGUUUCUUGGCUAUCUGCUUCCUUGAUGGGUCAGUUUGUGUGUGGUAUAACAUUGUUUCUUCUGACAAUGAAACUGUUGAGGGAGAACUACCUGGAAGGUUGUGUUGAGGUACUUGAUAUUUACUUAGAUCAACAGACUGCUCAAUAUAAACAGGGUCAGAAAAUAUGAGCUCAGUAAAAAGAAAUUAAUUGGAAUGACAUGCUGUAUUCAGCUUUUUUAUUAAAUCUAUAAGUUGACUUUUCAGUUUGGAAAUAUUUAAAACAUUAAAAUGCUCCUGUAUUAAAAUGCUCCAUUAUGUAAACAUUGUGAAGGAGGGAUGAUUUAUUCCACUAUUAAAAAAACAACAACCAAGAAACAAAAUACUUAAUCUGUUGACCUAUGAGACAUUAAGGAAACUCUGAUGUCCUUUCUAGUACCAUAAUUACAUUGCAUACUGUGAAGCAUGUGUGCAAUAUGUCUAUCUUUAAAAAAUGUAUGGUCCUGUGUUUUUUUAAAGAGGUUUAAACAAGACACAUCAAAUGUGACUCUUCACAGAUGCAUUUUAAUAUUUAGUCCUCUGUAUGAAAAACAGCAGAAUGCUUCUCUCUCCUGAUUGUAUUUUUUUAAAGUUUUUAUAUAACAAAUGCCUGUAUUUAGGUUCAUAAAUAUUAUCUCUGGCUACCAUACCCUGAAAUGCAAUGGUAUUGGAAUUUGGUAUUCAUUUAUUUCUUCCAUUAUCACAAGAUCAUCUAUAUUUAUAGAGGAAUAGAAAUUUAUAU